GGCUGGUUCUCCGUCGUUGGCCGCCCUGGCCAAUUCCUUCCCAUGAAAAUGGAGCCGGAUUUAUUCGUGACUCUGUCCGCAUCAGCCGGGACCACGUCGGACUCCCUGCUGACGUUUGGGGACCUGUUCCCGGAGCAGAAGGGGAAAUACUUCCUCAUGGACCUGGAGAAAGUGUCAGAGGAAUCCAGGGGGCAGGUGCCUGGUCCCGAUCUGGUGCUGCUUCCUCCAGAGACCCCUCCGCAGCCCUCGGUGCUUUUAGGGCCUGUACUGCAGGAAACGGGGUCUGUGGCUUUCCAGCAAGUUUUGGGGGAGGACUUAUUUUCUAAAGGACCCAUCAAAUAUUUGUAUCGGUUAGAAAAUCAGGACCUCUGUCUUUUGGACCAAGAGACCAACACUUCUGUCGCUGACAUCGAUCAGGAUUUAUCUGUUAGUGACAAGGCGAUGUCUUUGCUAGGUGUGGUUAAUGAUUCUUCUGAAGAAGAUUUUAAUACAGCUAUUACCUUGGUGCAGGAUCCGGUAGUCUCAGACCGGUUAACAGGUUCUGAAGAGCAGGAGCAGGAGGACCUUUAUGCUCUUGAUUUGGGCCCACCUCGGUCACCUCCACAGGAUUUACAAUUGAGCAUAGAACUUAGGGAGCAGGAAUCAUGUACAGAAAACUGCCUUCAAAAAGGUGAUGACAUUCUUCAGGAUCAAAGAGAUUUUUACUUAGGCAUGGACCAGGCUGCUUGCCCGGACACCAAAACCCAGCUCUCAGGACUUGAUCCAGUUUUUUCCUGGACUAAAGAGCCAGAGGAUUAUGUGCCCGGAAGAUGCCAGAAAAGUGUUUCAUUAAGUGCGGAGGAUUUAAAUCAUAGUUACCAAAUUAGUAAUGAAAUAAACUUCUUUCCCUCUUUCACUACUUCCACUUUGUGUGAUCUGAAGUUAGAUAUAGUUCAGAAUAACCUGGGCCAAUCCUCUGAUUUCAACCAGACUGAACCAAUUCCAAAUGAGCCUUCAGGGUGUCAGGAAGAUGGCCCUCGCCUCAGAGCUGUAUUUGAUGCCCUAGACAGAGAUGGGGAUGGUUUUGUCCGUAUAGAAGAGUUUGUGCAAUUUGCUACAGUUUAUGGUGCAGAACAGGUGAAGGAUUUGACUAAAUAUCUGGAUCCCAGUGGACUUGGUAUCAUCAGUUUUGAAGAUUUUUAUCGAGGGAUUACAGCUAUCAGCAAUGGAGAUCCUGAGAGCCAGCUGUAUGAUAUUGGAUAUGUCCAAGAAGAUUCCCCUGCCUGUCCUGAUGAGUUUGAUGACUUUGUUACUUAUGAGGCAAAUGAGGUGACGGACAGUGCUUACAUGGGUUCAGAGAGUACUUACAGUGAAUGUGAAACUUUCACAGAUGAGGAUACCAGCACAUUAGUACAGCAUGAAAUGCACAACGAAGUGGAAACAGACAGCGCUAUUGAUUCUGCUGGUCACUCAGAGUGCCCAGAUGGCAUGGAAGAACCAGAGAAUGGGCCAUUGCUCCUCACACCUGACAAAUCCCUCCCACGUGACCUGUCCUUGAGCUCAGACCUGAACAACCACUCCAUCGUUACCGUGAUCAGUGGGGAGGAGCAUUUUGAAGACUAUGGAGAAGGGAAUGAGGCAGAAUUGUUUUCUGAUAAUUUGUGUAAUGGAGAAGCCAGCUUUAGCAACUCUUUUCUUUCUCCCAGUCCAAAUAAACGACUCUCCAGUAAGAAGGUAGCAAGACAUCUCCAUCAGACUGGAAACCUGACUGUAGAGGCUAUGGAGGAAACUUCUCAGAAUCCUAUGGACUAUACCGAUGAGGACAUUGCUGACAAGGUCAUCUUCUUGGAGAAGAGAGUGACGGAAUUAGAGAAGGACACAGCAGCGAACGGAGAACAACACAGCCGGUUAAAACAAGAAAAUCUGCAGUUAGUGCACAGAGCCAAUGCCCUUGAGGAGCAGUUAAAGGAGCAGGAAUUGAGAGCUGAUGAGAUGAUCCUUGAAGAAAUCAGAAAGCAGAAGGAACUCCUGUGCAAGAUGGAGAGAGAAAAAAGCAUUGAGAUUGAGAAUCUCCAAGCCAGAUUACAGCAGCUGGAUGAUGAAAACAGUGAGCUGAGAUCCUGCACCCCAUGUUUGAAGGCCAAUAUUGAGAGACUAGAAGAGGAAAAGGAGAAAUUGCUGGAUGAGAUAGAAGACCUAACCAUUCAACUCAAUGAAGAGCAGGAAAACAAAAGGAAAAUGGGAGACAAACUGAGUCAUGAAAGGCAUCAGUUUCAGAAAGACAAGGAGUCAACACAGGAGCUGAUUGAAGACCUCAGGAAACAGUUGGAGCACUUACAGCUGUUUAAGCUUGAAGCUGAGCAAAGACGAGGACGGAGCAGCAGUACGGGGCUCCAGGAGUACAACAGCAGGACACGAGAGACUGAGCUGGAGCAAGAAAUCCGAAGGCUGAAGCAGGAUAAUCGAAAUCUAAAGGAGCAGAAUGAUGAGUUAAAUGGGCAGAUUAUAAACCUCAGCAUCCAAGGCGCAAAGAACCUCUUCUCUGCCUCUUUCUCCGAGUCCCUGGCAGCUGAGAUCAGCUCUGUUUCACGUGAUGAGCUGAUGGAGGCAAUUCAAAAACAGGAAGAGAUCAACUUCCGUCUCCAGGACUAUAUUGAUAGAAUCAUUGUGGCGAUCAUGGAAACCAACCCCUCCAUCUUAGAAGUGAAGUAAAGGAAUGAAAUGCUGCCCCUCCAAUCCUGGUGACCUGGUGUGACCUUGCUGCUCUGAGCUUCAGGAGGCCCUGCUAAGCUCUCUAGACCACUAAGGUCUCAUCUCCAUCAAGGGGCAAGGAGGAUCACAUCCCAUUGCCUGAACCAGCCCAGAGCAAUUGAGAGAAAAGCAGAUACAGCUUUGGUUUGGGAUAUCACCCUUGCUUGACUCAGCAGGGUGGAAGGGAAUGUAGUCGAGCAGCACAGAAAGCAGGGGUAAGAUGGAGAGAUGGGAAGGAGGAAGAACACUGCCUCCUUGCCAGUGGCACCAUCUGAGUACGAGGUUAGAGAAACAGGCAAUGAUUCCAGGAGUGUGAUUUGAUUCUCCACCUUUAUUCUGGCAGAUUCCUUUCUCUCUUGAGAGAGAAAGGUUCUCCAAGCAUCUUGCCAUAUUAGAUAGACUAGUUAGAGAGAUUCCUUCUGACUCCAGCGAACCAGUCCACUACGAAUCCCUCAAAGCCCACUUGAAUUCUGAAAUGCUCGCGCUUCUAUCCUGCUCUUUUGGGCCCAGUCUUCCUCACAGGUGAUGUGCAGGCAGGGCUGCAGGUGAAUUGUGUUUUGACUCAGUGCUUCUGAGGUGCUUGUGCAGUUAGGUUCCUCCCUUAAGCCUUGCUUGGCUUCUGACUCCACACUUCAAAGAACAUUCCUGGAAAGUGACUGGCUGAUUUUUAGCAGUGUAAAAGGGAAAGGAAGCUGUUAGACUUCCUCUUCAGGCAUGCGCUGUGUAUUCUGCCUUCUUUUUGAACCCAUCGGUGACACAUGUGAUCCAGGAAGUUCCUAUUUGAGGUCAAGUUGAUUUUAUUUCACACCAGAUGUAAAAGUGUGUUGGCAGCGGUGUGCCCGGCUCCUUUUUCCCUGCUUUGAAACAAUUGUAGCCAUGAAGGAGAUGGAUGAGACGUAAUUACAGAUGACUAGAGGGUAUUGGAAGAGACCAGAUAAAACAGUGGGUUAAAGUAGAAACGUGGUUAUGAGCUCUUGUAAAUGGCCUGCUGUUUCUCUUGAGGGGAUUGAGAGGAGCUAGGCUUAGUUUACGGCUGUUGGAACCAGAUUGGUAGCAGAUUCCCCCUCCCCAAUUCAUUUCCCAUAUUUCCCCUUGCCCGUAUGGCCUUAGAAUUGCUCAGGCAUGCAUCUCACAACAAAAAUUGGGCACACUGCACCUUAACCAAGGUUCUGCCUCACCCUGUCCCUUGCUGCAGUGUAGACAAAGAAACAUUAUCAUGAGGACCUUCAGGAUUAUGUUCAGGAUUCAAGGAUUAUUGGCACUUAGUCAGCAAUCCUUUCAGGCCCUGGUGGCUGAGAUCUUCUUGGGGGCAGGUGUGGCUUAUUGCAAUAAUCCUUUUGGGGCAGGCUCUGUUAGUGAUAUUUUGAAACUAUACAGAAUAACCCUUCUCCAGCUCACCUUCACUAUUUCUAUGAUAUGAAGGUUAUAUUCCUCUCAAAAUCAGUUGAGAGAAUAGGCUUUUGGUUUUAUAUUUAGUUCUUUUUCUUCAAAAUGGGAGAGAGUACCUCCAUUCUACUGGUGUACUAUAAGUAUCUUGAUAUCCCCCGGACAAUAGUACCAUUAGGGAUUCAGCCUUAUCCAGCAUUCCAGUGGAUUGAUGGUGGUGGGAAGAUAGUUCAUUGGAAAUUAACUUCAGAUAUUUAGGAGACUAGAUCCCCCCCACCCCAACAUUGGACACUUUAACAUUAAUCAUGACACAGUUGUUUUUUAAAUACAAAAAGGCUUGGAGAGGGCCAUCUGAGAUUCCCUCCUAGGCAAAACUGGCUGGCUUUUAGGAUCUUCUUUAGACUGUUGAGUCUCUAGACAGUCAAAUGAUAAGACUUCAGCCUCCCAGCAAGGCUUAGGACAGCAUUGACAAAUGCCUUGAAGAGGCAAUGACUAGUGUGUGUUAUCCUGCUGCUUGUAGAAUAACCACAGCCACUGCUGCUUUGGGGAGCACACCCAUGUCUGAUUUACAUAGUAAUUUUUCAGUGUGAACACGGGAGUUUUCUACAUCUGCACCACAGGAGAAGUGUGGACUUUUCUGGGCUUCAUGUUACAUACUUUAAGGUGCCAUAAAACAGGAAGAUCAGCUCUCUGAACUGGGUUUCCUUCCCACCCAUCCACCAUGUUGUUGGUUUUUGUUCUUGUUUCUUAAGAAUAGCUUGUUCCUUAACCACGGUGUGUCUUUGGCAAGAGAAGGGGGAGACCAGAGUCGAUCAAAUCCCUGCCUUAGAAAGUGAUGGGUGACUGGGAGUAGUUGACAGUGGCAUCCCAAAGGCAAAGGUUGAAUGGAAAAAUGUCAUCCCUGAAUAUUUGUGAAAUGUACUUCUUAAAAAAUUCCCCCUUCCCUGAAUUCUUCCUUUACUGGGUCUCUUCCAUUUCCCUCUUUCCUGUCCAUUCUUUCCCUGCCUCUCACCACCCCCUCCCCAGUCCUUACCCCUGCCACUGGCCUGAGUUGGGUUGUGCUUCCAGAUUCCUUGAGACUUUUCAUGAAUUUGCCACCAAAUCACUUGCUGCUUUGGCAUGUCCCCCUGGAGACUCCGCAAGGUGUGUUCCCUAAGCUCCACAGGGGAGACCGAUUAUACCUAAUCCUUCUGAAUCUGAGCACUGAGCCAUGAGGCCUUCCCUUCUUCCCUUUCACAAACUUGUCCUGUUCCCAAUCAGUAUUUCCCCCUCCUGUGAGUAUGGGUAUGUGUGCACACCCCUUCCUUUCCCAUCAAGAUUCAAGAUGUUGCCUCGUACAUUUUUGGAAAAGCUUUGGGUGUAAAUCAGUAUAUACUGGAGGAGAGAUUUUUCUAUCUUGUAGAGUAGGUAUUUUUUAUAGACUGAAGGUUGAUCAAUUUUUUAAUACUUUCAAGAGAGAAAACUGUAUCUGUGUAUACAUAUUAAAUAUAUAUAUAUAUGUAUAAAUAUAUAAAUAUUGAAGCUCAGCCUUUCUCCACUUGGGGUAAUGUAUCCCUGGUGACAGCCUUUUUGUUUUCUGUUGAUCACUAAGAGGUACUGUAAAUGUAAAUAUGACUCGCCGGGAAAAGUUUAAAGACAAAACAAAAACCAACAUGCAAACAAAAAAACAAAGCACUGACUUGACCACUGACCAUGCUUUAAACCCCCUCCCCCAAGGAAAAUGACUUCCAGAUGAAGUUCCUGAGCCCCUGGUAUGUGAAAGGAAUGCCGAAGAAAAGGCAGCCAAUGUGGUCUUCAAUGAUGCACCGAUUCCUGUCUGAUUAAAAGCUGUUACCGUCAA